AAAGUAACCGAUCACGUAAAAAGCUGCGGCUAGUCUUUGCUAUAGGAGGGCAGAGUUCUUGAGUUUUUGGAACUCACGAACCGUGAAUGGCUGUGAGUGCACUGUAAAUAGGCGACUUUCGGUCAGUCCCUCGGCUCCUCCAGACUGAUUUGAUUGCGGACCUCACUUAAUUUUUCAGAUUUUUUUGAUUCCCAGUCAGCUCUACAGCCAAAAAGAUUCUUGAUGUAGUUUAUUUUGUUACAACUUUAUCAACACAAAAUGAACAACGAUAAGAAUAAUACCAACACAAACGCGUCUGAUAGUGAAAAAGGAAAGUGCAAAGAUCUAGCCAAGGAAUAUUUUUUCAUCAAACAGCACCAAGGGGGAUCAAGUGAAGUUAGAAUAGUUGAACAUGACAAGCUUUAUGUACCAGAAAAAGAAGAAUCGGUCGGUUCUAUAAUAAAAACAAAAGCUUGCACAUUACGUAAAGACUAUCAUCACCUGGAUUCCAACGAAAAAGCAAUCGUAUCACUUGGUUUGAAUUCGAUUCUCGACCUUAGCCAUACAUAUCCCGACGCACAGUCCACUCUUUUCAACAAUAGGCAAUGGUUGCAUCUUCAACGUACGAACAGGCCAAAGAAAUACGUCUCAGAAGAAUACGCAUAUAUUAGCAACAUAAUACAGCCCAUAUUUAAAGCGUAUAACCCAGCCAAGACUUCUGAUCAAAAUUGGACAGCUAUUUACAUUCAGGCUAAAAAGUUGGCUGAACAAAAUGAUCCCGAAAUCGACAUUAGCAAGAAAGAUAUUUCUUUUUGUAUACAUGUUAUGUUGCAGAUUCUGAUGGUAAUUAAGCAUGAAUCAGGUUUAUUUUCGGAUACUGUGGACUCUUCAGAAUGGGAUUAUAUUGUGAAGUUUUGGGGUCCGAUUACACAACGACUAUUUUACUUCAGUGGUUUACGCCUGAAAUGGGGGGAUACACAUUUGACCAUGCAUGACACGAUUGGCGAUAUAGUGCUCAAAGUUGAUCUUCGUAUUAUACAUGAAAGUAUAAAACAGAGAUACAACGUCGAGAAUGAAGUUGGAGUUGCUGAGGCAGCUGAAGAGAAUCCAGGAAAAGUCAAAUUUCAUUCCGAUCGAUGCAAGGUAUUGAUUGAAAGCAAAGCCAUUGUCGAUAGAUUUAUUUUGGAUGGCUGCAACAUUGACAAUGUUGAUUCCCUGCAAAUAUGUGGUAUGGAAAUUUAUUUUAUUAAACUUGAACUUCGAGACCAUGGUCUUUAUACUGGAACACAACAUUACCAUUCAGUGGUCGAUGCUUCAUUAAACUCACUUGAUAAAUAUAUGGAUCUUGCAAUGAAUCUAUUGUGUUUUAGAGAUAGAUGUAUCCAAAUCCACAAUAUUUAUGAAAAUCAUCUAGCAUCAUGCCGUGGUCAACAAAAGUCGGCGAAACGUUCAGCUCCUCGACCUAUUGAUGAUGAUAUCUCUUCCAAGCAAACUUGGAUUCGUGGUACAUGGAACCCUCCUCGUACAACAAAAACCCCACCGCCACCAGAACCAAGUAACCUUUGUUCUCAAGAACAAUAAAAAUUCGUAUAUUGGUAAGCUAUAGGAAAUAAAAAGAUAUGUAGUAUGAAACUGACUAUGUUGUAGUGUGGUCUACUUCCGGUUGAACAGAACAACUGAGUCUGCUUACGAGUGCUUUAGAAGUUGACUAAGCGGGCAGUAAUGACAGCAAAAAGUAAUCUUAUUCAUUUGGGUUGUGUGUGUUUUGCAUGGAGAACAAAAUAAAAAAAUAAACCAAAAGUGAUACUGUUAGAACUUGGAUACCACUUUAUUAUGGACGA